CAAGAUGGGGAAAAUCUAUGGUAAAUCAAAAUGAGCCCCCUGUACAGGAUUACCGAAAAAAAAAGACAAGUAGGCUAGACCGACGGACAAUAGUUACAGACAACUCACGACGUCAUACACGUGAUUCAACCUGCGUUAUAAGUUUUUCUUUCACCCAAAUGUGAUCAUCGAAUCCUCGCCAAUACCAAAUGUGAAUAAAUGGACAUACGUUGAGCUCGUGUGUAUCAGUAAUCGGUUGAAAUUGUCGUAAGUACUAAUACAGUGUAAACCCAUUAAAUCGACAGAUAUAAAUAGAAUUGGGGUGGGCUUAUCGUCGUGGUGGCUAUCUCUUCUCAAUGCCCGCUGGCUCUGUGUGUACGUAUAUGCCUGAGUUGUAUGAGAUCACGAUUCAGGCAUUAUGACGGAUUCACUGCAACAAUCAAAGUCGGAUCCUUUGGUUUACUGCAAAUACUUGAGAAAGGACGCGCCCUAGAUAUGUGCGGCUCAUCGCUGGUGACAUUUUCUCCAGUGAAAAGUGCUAAAUCCAAUUAAACAUUAAUUUCAAACAUUAUAUUGUUGAUUUUUUAUAAAGGAGGGAGUGUUUGUCCUGUGUCAGUGGUAGCAGAUAUAUAUAUUUUUUUAUUCAUCCAAGUGUCAAAUUUCACGUCAAUCAUGAAGAAACAAUUCUUCCGAGUUAAACAACUAGCUGAUCAGACCUUCUCCAGAGCCGGAAAAACAGAAGUGCUUACUGAUGAUCUGCAGGCAGCGGAUAAGCACGUCGAGUUGAUAAGAAAUGCGCUGACUGGACUCAGCAAACGUCUGGGUACACCACCCAGUGCCGCCCUGGCUCAAGAUACGUCGCUCAAGGAAAAGCGACUGAAAAAAUGUCCAGAGUAUGUCCUCGGGCAAACAAUGAUGGACUGUGCAACUGAUGACGGUUUAAUGAGUUAUACAUUAGCUGUUUGUGGUCGUGCCCAAGUGUUGCUUGCCACUGAAACAGUCGAUCAUGAGGCCAAAGUUGAACAGUACGUGGCCGCUCCACUUCAACAUAUUUUGGAGACUGACGUACCGAAUAUCGUAAAACACAAGAGGAAUUUGGCUCGUUUGAUUUUAGAUAUGGAUAGCGCGAGAACGCGAUAUCAUCAAGCGAGUAAACACAGUGCUGGAGGCACUGCUGGCACUAAGAUUGAUAAUUUGAGGGAGGAACUUGAGGAGGCUGAGACAAAAGUCGAACAGUGUCGUGAUCAAUUGGCUGCUGAGAUGUUCCAGCUUAUGUCGCGGGAGACGGAACUUGCUCAAAGAAUAAUUCAAUAUGUCAAGCUUCAGCGAGCUUAUCACGAAAGUGCCUUAUUCUGUCUCGAGGAUCUUAUUCCCGGAUUAGAAAGCUACAUUAACGAUAACGAAAUGAAGCCUGUAUAUGGUCAACUCCUGGAAGAGCAUCUACGAGUGACAAAUCGUAAAAUAGCACUUCCAAUUCAACUGUGUGUAUCAGCACUUCUUAGGCUUGGCAUGGAGGAAGAGGGCUUAUUCAGGAUAGCCGGUGGUGCGUCUAAAUUACGAAGAAUUAAACUCAGUUUGGACGCAUGUUGUCUCACGUUACCAACGGCAUUGGAGUACAAAGAUCCCCAUGUUAUUGCUGGAGCGCUUAAGUCAUAUCUACGUGAAUUACCUGAACCACUUCUUACCUACAAGUUAUAUGCAGAGUGGAUGGCAGCUGCUAAAAUAACACAGAGUGAUAUCAGAUUGCGGGCACUGUGGGAAGUGCUUCAUAAAUUGCCACCGGCUAACUUGGAGAAUUUGAGGUUUUUGAUUAAGUUUCUAGCAGUGCUCACAAAGAACAGUGACGUUAAUAAAAUGUCACCGCAAAAUAUUGCUAUUGUGAUUGCACCUAAUUUGAUAUGGAGUCCGCAAGAAGAUGUUAACACCAUGGUAAUGAACAUGAGUACCGCUAAUAACUCUAGUCUCAUAGUGGAUCAACUAAUAACAUACGCGGACUGGUUCUUCCCUGGUGAGAUAGACUUUGAUCGCGAUUUGGAUGUGGGCAUUGUGAAUGGCAAUGAGCCUCCGGUAAUUGGCAUGCGAAGAUGCAUAUCAAACAGCAGUUUAAGUGAUCACGGCGAAAGUCCACCGCAGGGUAGUCCAAAGCCAGCAACAAGGCGAAAAAAUAAGCCAGCACCAACACCCCCGUAUGCAACACCGGACAAAAACGAAAAAAGAAUGGAUGAUAAACCUCCCCCAGCCCCUGACAAGCCUCCAAGGCCCCUAACAACAGCAACACUUAAUCGUCAUACUUAUAAGGCUCAAAAACACGAAGUCAAUACCGAACUCACUACCCAUCACCACGAGCCGAAAACAGAGAAGAUGGAGAAAAUUGAGAAAAUCGACAAGAUUGAAAAGAGCAUGGAAUUAGAGACGAAGGGUUUCGAAACGACAGCGAAUGACAACUCCUCUCCUGACAAUAAUGACAAAAUGGAAACACCAAAGUUUGAUAAUAACAUAGAAAUAAAGUGUAAGAACUCGGAUUCAUCCGAACCAAAAGGCAAAAACUCCGAUCCAACUCCCCCCAUUGGUUUCGAGGGCAUUAGCAUGCGAAUCAACUCAAGUACGAAUCAAUUCAGAAUUUCUGACCCUGAGAAUGGUGAUGUGCAGAAAUCCAAACCAGUACCAGCUGAGAAACCAUCACCUUCGACUUUAGAAAGAAAGAGGGUACCUGUGGCAGCUCCACGGACAACUUUAGUGAGCGUAGGGCAUCAAAAUUCAGAUGAUACAGUGGAAUUAAGAAAAAAAAGUGAUUCAAUUUCUGGAGAGAGAAACAGCAAACCAGCAAUUCCUGAACGACCAGCAGGACUCACUCGACCCUCUAGCCUCAUCAGACCCCACAUGCGACAGAGCAAUGAGAACUUGGACGUCGACGUUGGACCCAUAACACUGGAGAGGGCACACAUGUACUCAGUGGAUAAACAACAGGUCAGUAUAAUCCAAGUGCGUGGAAAUAACUUGACGAAAACUACGAUCGAGAGCAAUGGAAACAGCGCUUCCAACUUGCAGAGAAGUCCAAGUGUGGGGAGCCGGCCAUCGUCAAUGGCCCUGAGUGGUGAGCGUCCAGAGAAGCCACCGAGACCUGACAUGCCUGAGCAAAACAAGUCCCACAACAGAACUAGGUCAGAAGGAAAUAUCAUUGACGUCCAGACCCAGACUCAGACUGUCAUUGUUCCUAAGUCACCACUACAAAUUCAAACCGGUGAAAAAUCUCCGAGAUUUCAUCAACGUCCACCACGGCCUCAACCACCACCCCCACCGCCUCCAACAAAUCGACCUAAAUCCGAUCACGAAAGUACUAAUUUAUAGAGUCGGUAGAUAGAGUUGGCAAUGUUGUUUUUUUUUCGAUUUUAAUAGUUUUAUAGAAUUGAAAAUUCAUGUCGAUUUUUCAACUCGAAGGAAUUUAGUGACGUUCCACAUUCAAUUGAGAGAGGAUUUCUUGGAGAGUUAUAGAAUUAUGUCAGAGGCAAGCAGAACACCAUAACGAAUGGAUAUCAUUGUAAAACUUAAUGACAGAUUAUUUUUAACGUUAGUUUUAUAGAAAAAUGUUGAUAGCCUUUUCUACAGUACUUGAAAUAUCGGCUUGUCUAAUUUUUUAAGAAUAUUAAUUUUCGAAUUUUUAAUACUAUAAUUCCUUCAAGAAAUUUCAUCCUCACACGACAUGUUUUCAUGCUUCCUCAAUAAUUCAGAACUUUUGCGUCAUGAGAUAUUUUUACUUCUGAACUAGGAUUUUUUACAUAUACAUAUAUAUAUAUAUAUAUGCAGAAACAUGCAGUUCAAAGAACUCAUUCAAUAUUUUUAAAAAGUGAAAAUCACUUACAAGUGGUCCUGAUCACUGCAGCAUUAAUAACCAGCAGUAUGGAAUUUAGCGCACAAAACUGGAGGUGUGUUUUUUUCCUUUUAGUUCAGUCGUCUAGUAACUGAUGGAUUCUCCGAAUUCGUUUAUUUACUUUUGAUGAUUGCAAUUGAUUGUUUAUCGGUGCGUCGACUGUGAUUGAAAGAAACACUACGAUAGAUUGAAUGCAAUUUAUUGUGAAUUUCUCCUCUUACAAUGAUACAGAAAGAGAGAAAGGAAACAAGCAGCUAGUUAUAUUAAUUCAAGAAAAUAAGUUUAUAAAAUACUCUUUUUUUCACUUAUCCAUUACAUUUCGUUGGCAUUGCUUAGAUUUUUUACCCCAGCCCACGUUUGAACUAAUAUCGUGAUUACCAUUUACGAUUAGAUCGUGAUUUUUAUUCCCAUUUCAUGUUUUUUUUAAUUAUUCGUCGACUCGAAGAAUUGAUAGAAAUUUUAUUUACCAU